GCAACCGAAGUCGGCUGGGCUAGGGUCUGUCUCCAAAUUCCCACACCGGCGGGUCGGAGCUCCUGCAGCAGCGUGUGCAGGUGGUGUGACGCGGGGCAGAGGCACCGGAGGUUGGUGGUACUUUAGCCUAGGGACGGAGAGUUAGAACUAGCAAAGGAGAAGGGUCUCAUUUAAUUGCUUAGGUCUUGCUAAGAUGUUGAGAUUGGCCUUGAACUUGUGAUCCUCCUGCCUCAGCCUCUGCAGUUGCUGGGAUUACAGGUGUGUCCUGCUGCGCCCGGCUUCAUUUAUAUUUCACGUGUACCUUCAUGGCUGGAAGGAAGAGUCCGCUGAAGGAGAAGGUCAUGGACUUGAUGUCCUCUACUUCCAUCCUGCCCCUGCUGUUAGGCUGCCUGGGCAUCUUUGGCAUCUAUCAGCUGCUGCAGCGGAUGCGCACGAAGGUCUACGUUCAGAAUACUGUGGUGGUGAUAACAGGCGCCACCUCGGGGCUGGGCAGAGAAUGUGCCAAAGUCUUCCAUGCUGCAGGUGCUAAGCUGGUGCUCUGUGGCCGGAAUGUAGAGGCCCUUGAAGAACUCACCAGAGAGCUCACUGCUUCUCAUACCUCCCAGAAGCAGACGCACAAGCCUUACACAGUGACCUUCGACCUCGCAGACACGGGGGCUACUGUUGCUGCAGCAGCUGAGAUCCUGCAGUGCUUUGGCUAUGUGGAUGUACUCAUCAACAAUGCUGGGAUCAGCUACCGAGGGACCAUCACAGACACCACAGUGGAUGUUGACAAGAGGGUCAUGGAGACAAACUACUUUGGCCCUAUUGCUCUAACAAAAGCACUCCUGCCCUCCAUGAUCAAGAGGAGGCAAGGCCACAUCGUCACCAUCAGCAGCAUCCAGGGCAAAAUCAGCAUUCCUUUUCGAUCAGCAUAUGCAGCCUCCAAGCAUGCAACCCAGGCCUUCUUUGACUGCCUGCGUGCUGAGAUGGAACAGGAUGGGAUCCAGGUGACUGUCAUCAGUCCCGGCUACAUCUAUACCAACCUCUCUGUAAAUGCCAUUACCUCGGAUGGGUCCAGAUAUGGAGCUGUUGACAAGAACACAGCCCAGGGCCGAAGCCCUGCAGAGGUGGCCCAAGAUGUUCUUGCUGCUGUGGGGAAGAAGAAGAAAGAUGUGAUCGUGGCUGACUUGCUGCCUUCCUUGGCCAUUUAUCUUCGAACUCUGGCUCCUGGGCUCUUCUUCAGCAUCAUGGCCAUCAGGGCCAGAAAGGAAAGAAAAUCUAAGAAUUCCUAAUCCUGGCCAGAGCUAGCAGCUCCAACCAGUUUGAGCUAGGAUGAGAAGCAACACUUCCCCAGGCUUGACUGCUCUUCAAGGGACAGCUGUGCUUGAGACUUUAAUGGCAAUUUGCCCUCCAGGUGGAAAAGACUGAAGAAACUUUUCUCCUGCAGGUCCAUGAUGCAACCCCAGGCAAUGAGCUUCUUCCUAGAGGUGAGGGAUAAGCACUUAAGGAAUAAAUAUGGAGAUGGGUUUCAACUCUAAAAACAUGAAAUAAAUGAUAGGAAUAGUAAGAGUCAUAAACCUCAGUGACUAGAAGAACUGAAGCAUGUCCUUUGAAUUCCAGCCUUGAUGACUCCUAGAAAACUAUCUUGGAAUCAGAUGUUAUAACAUCACCUGACUCAGUUGUUCGAGUUUGACAUAUCCAAGACCACUUAACCCAUUUGCUUUGGAGGGGACACCACCAGCACUUGGGAGAGAAGGUUGUAUUUUUAGGAAAUCAUUAUUCAUAUCCCUUUCCAGGAUCCUGUGAUAGCCCAUUUGAUAUAGAAAAUGGUGGGCUACUGUGUGAUGGGUUCUAUGGCACAUCCCAAGUGAUCCUGGCUUUAGCACCAAAAGGUAUUCCUAUGUUCCUUCUCACUGUAACCACAGCCUUAGAGGAUGCCAGGCACCAUUCAAGCAGGUGAAUUUCCUAAAGAGGCAGCAACCAGAAGGGAGACCUCUGCAUGGCCCUAGACAUCCUCUAGGAAAAGAAACCUUUGGAGACUGGCCUGGUGAGCAGAGCUGAAGUAGCAGCUAGUUUCCAGGUGGAAGGAGUUCAUUUGCUGAUUAUAGCCAGAGAGAAGGCCUGGGUCCACCUUUGAUUUAUUAAAAGUACAUAGUUGAA